AUGGAAGAAGCACUACGUCGUCAGUUUGCGCUUGUGGACGCCAGUUUUUGUUUUGUAGCAAAACAUUACGCAGCUCCAACUGUGCAUAGUAUUCUACGUGUAGCCAAUAGUUUCGGCAGCUUGCAGCUCACGCGUGACGAUCUCAUAAAAUUAUCAGCUGUCGCCCCUGAACUCUUAAUUCUGAGUCGUUCUGAUUCUAUUCUCCCGAUAGAUGACGUGUACAGUCCAAUGCCAGCAAGUAAUCAAAACGUUGAAGUUGUGACAUUUCCAUUGGUGCCACAGACGAGCCAACGUGCAAGUUCCAAGAGAAAAAAAUUAUUUGACGUUGCACUGUUGCAAAUUCCAAGAAAUAGUCACGUGGGACCAGAAAUUUCUUGGAAACCAUCUGUUGAGACCGACAAAACGGACUUUUUGACCAUGAGACAGUCAAAUGAUUCGGGAUCAUCAGUCUUGACAAUGUUGCAACAAAUGGACUUGUAUCGAAACCAAAUUAUUCACGUGGAACGACGGAGUUCUCGUGAAGCUCAAUAUUGUGGUCUUGAACCAUUGAAAUUAUCAUUACGAGUAUGUAAAGCGUUGGAUAAAUGUUACCAGAUUAAACAAUUGUACUCACAUCAAUUUGAGGCAAUUGAAGCCAUUCGUCGUGGAGAAAAUGUCGUCUUGUCUACAGCCACCGCAAGUGGUAAAUCACUUGCGUACAAUAUUCCGAUGCUGGAUAUGCUGCUUGAAGACUCGAAUGCUACUUUCAUGUAUCUCUUUCCAACGAAAGCAUUGGCACAAGAUCAGCUCAAGGCAUUGAGACGAUUUUUAGAAGCAGCAGAUCUGCGACCUCAUCUUGGAGCGACAUUUGAUGGCGACACACCUAUGAAAAGCCGAUCGAUGAUAAUUCGAGAAACGCGGGUAUUCUUAACCAAUCCAGAUAUGCUUCACUUGACAAUUCUUCCAAAACAUCGGCAAUGGAAGCAGGUGCUUUCAAACCUCAGAUUGCUAGUCGUAGAUGAAGCCCAUAUGUACCGUGGCGUGUUUGGGUCACAUGUUGCAACCCAGAUACACAUUUCCGACAGUUGCUACCACCGCUUCCGCCUCAAUCUGUUCAUUCAUCAUCUUUUCCUGCAGAUGACAUUGCCCGAGAACAUUUGGACGAAGAUACUGGACCACCAAACUCUCCACUUUUUUCGUCAACGAUCACUGAAAGUUAUCACAAAAGAUGGAGCUCCUUCCGUGGAGAAACUUUUUUGUGUCUGGAACCCAAAGGUGGCUGGAAUGAAAGGCUCUGACGACGUUCAGACAGAUACGUCUGCGCGCCAUAGACGUAAUUCCUCGCGAUCUACCCAUUUACCCAAGGUAUUCCCAUGCGUCGCGACUACGCGAAAGCGUAAGCGCAUGAAGGACAGACCAAGUAAUGCCGAACCAGACGAUGAAGCACAGAAGGUAGGGGCCAAUGUGACCAAUAGUGCGAUUUUCCAAGGCGCUCGAAUCCUUGCUCGUUUGGUUGAAGCAGAAAUCGCAACGCUUCUUUUUUGCCGUGGCAGGAAACUAACUGAGCUGGUUCUCAUGAACGUUCACUCAAUUCUGAAAGCUGACCCUCGUACUCAAAAGCUGCUUCAUCGGGUCAGCUCCUAUCGCGGUGGGUAUACCCUAGAAUCCAGGCGAAGGAUUGAGCAGCGGCUGUUUAGUGGAGAUUUGCUUGGUGUCGUAGCAACGAACGCAUUGGAGCUAGGUAUUGACAUUGGUGAGUUGGACUGCACCAUACAUCUUGGGCUCCCAUCAAGCAUCGCAUCUUUGUGGCAGCAAGCCGGUCGUGCAGGUCGCCGACAACAGCAAUCCAACCCAAAAUUGUCCGUCGCCAUUAUUGUAUGCUUUGAUGCGCCUCUGGAUCAGCAUUUUGCACAGCAGCAACACGCCAUGGAACUUUUCAAGCUUGAGCCAGAGGCUGCGACUUUGAACCCGCUGAAUCGUCGCAUCCUCGGACAGCAUUUAUUGUGUGCUGCCCGCGAGUCGGCACUGUAUUCUUGCCAGUCUGGAACAGCUUAUAUUGAUUCAUUUAUUCUUGGGAGUCUAAACGACAGCAAAGGUGACGAAAGUGACAACGGUGGACAAACGGUGAUGUCUGAGGUAGACAUUGUACUUCAGUCGCUUGUGAAGGAGAACAAAUUGAUGAAGUGUUCGGAGUUAGAUGGACACAUGAACUAUCGCAUCCAUUCGUGCAUGCCGAAAAAGUUCCGCGCAGUGAGUUUGCGCAGUAUCUGCGAUGAAAAUUACGUUGUGGUAGUUCCGAGUAAUAAUGCUCACAAUGAUGGAGAUGAUGGUGAGGUACUUGAUGAAAUUCCAGGAGACAAAGCUUUCUUCCAGGUUUAUCCCUCAGCGGUGUAUCUUCACCAGGCGCAGGAGUACGUGAUCACCCGAUUGGACAAUGUCCAGCGCAUAGCGUUCGCAAAGAAGUGUCAGAAGCCGCUCACGUAUUUUACAAGUUGUCGUGAUUUCACUGAUCUCGAGGUUGUCCGUGUGCACAGCACCUCACGGAUUGGACAUGGCUAUGAAAAAUCAAGGAGCGACUCUGUACUAGUGUGUGUUGGUACUGUGUCCAUUUUAACGCGAGUUUUUGGAUCGACGAGGGUGGAAAAGCGCACAAUGCGAGUUGUAGCGACAAAUGAGUUUUCUCUUCCACCCAUGCAAUCAUUCGGAGAGGCUGUGUGGCUCGAAUUUCCUGCUGCACUUCGACAGCAAGUCGAAGCCAGGAGCGGAGCAUCGUGGACUGCAGCACUGCAUGGAGUCGGUCACCUUUUUGUAGCACUGGUUCGUCUGUUUCUACUUUGCGACACAGAUGAUAUUGACACGGAGCAUGUCAAUGAGUUCGAGCAGCGUGUCAAACCAAAUCGCGUUACGAUCUAUGAGAGACGAGAAGGAGGAAGUGGACUAGUUGCUGAAAUUGUCAAAGUCUUUCCAAAGCUACUCAUUACGGUGUUUGUUGGGAAAAUGGUGCAGCUUAUCGAGAAAUCAUGGACGAUUGCAAGUGAAUGUUUAUGCACUGAAGGCUGUCCUGCUUGUAUUCAAUCAACUGGAUGUUCCGAGUACAAUCAUGUAUUGAACAAGCACGGAAGUCUUCAAGUGCUCGAGUAUCUACGCACACUCUCAGGAGCAGUCAAGCGUCGUAAUCAUCCAACGUCUUGUCCUCCUGGAGCUCAAUAUGGUCCUCCAAUUGUCCACAAUGAGACAUCCGAAUCUCGUCGUCGUCGUCAUCGUAGUUGGGUGGAUCACGAGAGCUCCUCGUCAUCGUAUAACAACAGUGAAUCCAUUUCACUCUUGAUUGCUAAUGGCAAUAACUCGGUAUCAUAUAGUGAGAAAACCACUAGCAACAGUGAUACUUGCAGUCCUGCACGACUCGUGAAAGUCACGAACGCUCUUUUAUACGGCGUUAUCAACUCGAUUUUGACCAUUCCGUGCAUGUACGGCUACGUGACGAUUAUCUUUGGUCAUCCUGACUUUACCAGUUUCAUGCCAGCACUUUCCAAGCUCGUCAUGUUGUCCAGUGUCGUCCAUCAAAUCAUGUUUACUCUCCUGAGCUCGCUUCCUUUUGCCAUUGGACAAGUACAAGAUGCAGGUCUUAUCUUCCUCAGUGCAAUUGCAACGUCCAUCUGCAACUCAUUGGGACAACAUGUGACGUUAGAAGCCAAGGUCACAACCACAGUGGUUACUAUUGGUGUAGCCACGGCGUCGCUCGGUGUCGUGCUUGUGCUGCUUGGGAAGUUUAAACUCGCAGGACUAGUGUCGUACCUGCCAAUGCCCGUAGUAGGCGGUUACUUGGCCUUUAUCGGACUGUUCUGCAUGUAUGCAGGAUUGUCAUUGUGUACAGGACUCGUGAUCAAUGACUUCACGUCCAUGAUGCAGAUCUGGGACCCACAUUACAUGAUUCUCUGCAUCCCGGGAGUUCUUGGAGGUGUGGUCCUACUGCUGGUGGCGCAGCGGUACGAAAACUCGUUUGCAUUACCUGCGACGAUUCUACUGAUGCCGAUCCUGUUCUUUCUUGUGCUGGCGUUCUGUGGGAUUUCGAUGGAUGAAGCACGCAAUUAUGGAUGGAUCUCGCCUGCCUCGGAUCCUGCUGGUUUCGUGCAGAUGUUCGCUAUGUUUGACUUCUCCCAGAUGCACUGGAACCAAGUCCCAAGGCAAUUCACGACAUGGCUCGGGAUGACGUUUGUUGUUGCUUUCUCGUCUUGUCUAGAUGUAGCAGCUAUCGAAAUGGAUAUGGGCACCCAGCUCAAUAUCAACCAUGAAUUAAAGUCUGUUGGCUGGUCCAACGUCGUUAGCGGAUUGCUGGGCGGAUACACUGGAUCGUACAUUUUCUCGCAAACCAUCUUCACUUACCGCUCUAAGACCAACUCGCGUCUCGUGGGCGUGUGUGUAAUCAUUUCCGAGUUUGCCAUCGUGCUUGCACCAUUGUCCGUCAUGAGUCUAGUACCGCGAUUCUUCUUCGCAGCCACGCUGAUCUUUAUCGCAAUCGACUUGAUGAUGGAGUGGCUUGUGCACGUAUACCACAAAAUCUUGCCACGGGAGUACGUUGUAUUGUGGCUCUCUUUCAUUGCUAUUAACAUGGUCUCGCUCGAACUGGGAAUGGUCCUUGGCGUUGGUUUUGCCAUCAUUAACUUCUUGCUGGGUUACGCUCAACUUCGUGUAGUGAACCGUCGAUCUCGCUCCUCUGCUGCUGUGCGAAAACUUGCAGCUCGCACUUUCCUCGGUCAAAAGCGCGAUGCUAUCGUCUACCUGGAGCUGUAUGGCUACCUUUUCUUUGGGUCAUCGGUGCAAAUUCUUGAAGACGUGCAAAAGGCCGUACACAUUCGCAAGCCCCGAACUGUUAUCAAGCAGAAAUCGAGUACGAGAACUAGAAAGGAAUCGCAUGCCAUUGACGAUUCGGGCAUUCCUCUCACACCUGUAUCCAAGCGAGAUGUCCCCAUACAGUGUCUAGAUGGCAGCCCUGCACCGCACCCCGAUGGCCUGCCAACUGAGUAUGUCGUCAUGGACUUUAGCCGCGUUUCUGGUAUGGAUGCGACGGCUGCACGUAGUGCAUUCAUGACGUUGCAGCAGCAUUGCAAACGUCACGCAAUCACUGUCAUAUUUGCCGACGUGCUACCAGAAAUCCGUAGCCUGCUGCUCAAAAAUGAGAUCGUGGAUGAAAAAGACUUCUUUCUCGAUGCUGAAUCGGCUUUGGAAUUCUGUGAGAACCAGCUACUGACGCACACGAACCACGUUCAAGAUUUCAACCACACUCAUAAGUCCAUAAGUGUGCUGCUGCACCGCUUUAUGGGUGAACCUGACGAAUCGCCACUUUUCAGCGGCGUCGACCGGUUUUUUCAGAAGUACGAAGUGCCUGCAGGAUACGAGUUCUACCGAGUGGCUUCUUUCCCCGAUCGUUUCUACUUUCUCGCUAGUGGCCGUGUUGCACUCUUUAUGAACGAUGACGGCAGCGUGGCCCCCGGAAAGUCUCUCACUCCUUUGGAAAAUGUGAUGCCUGGUGCCAUGUUCGGUGAGGUAGACUUCUUUGGCCGUCAAUACCGAUACAUGGCGGCUACGGCCGUGGAACCAUGCACUGUGUUCGAAAUGACACGCCAAAGCUACGAAUCGAUGGAUGAGUUGGCGCCUAAACUCUGGAACCGUCUACGAGACGUUGUCAUGCAGUCCAUGGCGCUAUCGAUUACCAACACCACGUCCAUUAACACCCUGAAUAAUGCCAAUGGGCAUCUUCGCGGACCUAACUAA